AUGGUAUCAGAGAAGCGAAAAGGCAGCAAGAAGCAAGCAGUAACAAGGAAGAAACUAAAAGUCGAAAACCAAGAAAAUAGCUUACCAGAAGUAGAUAAAACAAGAAAAGAAGUUAACAAAUAUUAUUCUAACUCUUUAUUAAAAUAAUAAACAAUUUAUUUUUAAUAAAAUAUUUUUUUCCGCUUAUUAUAUGGCUUCAGCAUUACAAAAAAUAAAAUUCCUGUGAAGUAAGAUAAUAUCCAAAGACACAACAAAUAAACCAAAAGUCAUUGAAAAAGCCCUAAAGCUAAUUGGGAAUGAUCUUUAUUCAGCCUCAAGAAAGCAUGAUUUAUGCCGUGUUAUCCAAGCUUGCCUCAAGCAUGGCAACGACCAACAAAAAGCACACAUUCUUGAAUGCCUGACUGAGGAUUAUGGAAAACUUGCGGCAGGAAAGUAUUCUUUUUUCCUCGCAAAAAAACUCUUAAAAAUCGGCAACAAAGAAGAACUGAUGGAAAAAGUUUUGCCUCAAGCCAAAGCCAUGCUUGCCAGCCCAAAUGGUAUCAAAUUCCUUGAUUUGCUUUAUAGUGAUGGAAACUACAAAAAUAAAUUAAUGAAAUCAAUUUAUGCCCCAGAAAUCGAAGAACAAACAGGCCAUUUAGAAGAAAUAAUCAAAAAUCACCCAGAAAUUGAGAAUGACCUAAAGUCAUCAUUACACAAAACAGUCCGCCAUGCCUUAAACAAAGGACUAAUUGAAUACUCAAUUGUCCAGCACGUGGUUUGUGAAUAUACACAAAUAAUUGAAAAAGACCAAAAACUCGAAAUCUUAGGGCAGCUUUGGGAUCAUUUGGCAUCUUUAAUGAACUCAAAGCCAGGGGUCAGACUUGCAAUUGAAGCUUUAGCUGCUUCAGAUAUCAAGCAAAGGAAAAAAAUAGUAAAACUUGCCCAGCCACUGAUAAAUUUAAUAUCAGAUGAUGAAUCAAAUGCGUACUUAUUUUUUAUCAAGCUUUUCGAAGUAAUUGAUGACACUAAAAGGAUUAAUAAAAUCCUAUCUUCUACUAUAGUACAGAAUAUGAAAGAAAUAAUCAAAUCAAAGAAUGGAGUCAAAGUAUUACUCUACAUAAUCCCAGCGAACCUAGAUUUAUUUAUUUUAAGCCAAAGCGAAAUUGAUUUUCUUAAGGAUGAUUUGAAUACGCUAACUCUCAUUUGGAAAUCGGGCAAGAUUUUGGCUUGUGAUUGAGGUUACUUUUUUUCAACAAAAAAAAAUUAAAAUAUUUGAAAUCAAAAUUCUAUUAUAUAAAAUUUAUACAAGCGGUCUAAAAUGGGAUGACAGGAAAAAACCCCCUAGGGGUUUUUUCAGGACAACCCGUCUAAAAUUAUUAUAAUUGGCCAAAGUAUUUAAUUAUAUAUUAUAGUCUGUUGAGACUUUUUGAACACCAGUAAACUUUGUAACUGGUCGCAAACAGCUACCUAUUUCCCAUUCAAAAGACUGCCAGAAUAGGUGACUGAUUGUGAUCAGUUGUCUAUAUGCCAGUGCUCAAAAAAAUUUCCAACUAACUAAAAAAUAUAUUUAUGUAAAGAUAUUUAUUUGAAUAACCAAGGGUGAUAAUUUUGCUAUAAUAAGGAUUUUUCUAAAAAAUCUGCUCUCUAGUCAAAGAAAAAGUAAGCAAAAAAGAUUUAAAUCAAAAGAAAAAAGAAAUUUUCCUUAACAUUUCACAGCCAAUUAUAGAUGAAAUUACAGAAAGCUUAGAAACUAUGAUUAAAAAUCCAAGACUUUCAAAUUUAGUAGUUGCUGUAGCCAUUAUUUUGUCACAAGGUUUGAUAAAAGCUCCAAAACUAACAAGUGCGAUAUGCAAAUUUGUAAUAAAUUGGGACAUAAUGGACGAUAACAUUAGCCAUAGAGCAUUGAAAAAAAUUAUUGUCCUAGAAAAUAAGAACGGAAAUAAAAAAUUUGCAGGAAGAAUGUUGAAGAAUUUGAAAGAAAGAGAAGAUUAUGUUGAAAAAUUAAUCAAAAGCAGAGGGGUUUGGGUAUUUGAAAGUCUAGCUACUUCAAAUAUUAAAGAAGAAGCACAAGAAUUUUUUAGAAAAUAUCAAGACAAGCUUGAAAAGUCUCAUACAGGAGAAAAGGCGUUAUUUGAAGCUUUAACACAAUCUAAUUAA